AGUAAACCAAGUAUGCACGCAGGAAGCGCUAAAGGUCUCAAAACGUGAUCAUGUAGGACCAUGCACUGACUCAGCCUUGGAAUGUAGGCAGCUGUACCGUAAUUUCAAUUCGGUUGGCAGCUUCUGUUCCUGGCGGCCCUUGAUGCUGGUGCUGAGGCUGCAAUGGCGCUUUCGGAGAUGCAAAGAGUUCACUCCCCCGUCGACCCCGUCCUCUACCCCCUGCUCGCUGUGGUCCUCAUCACGCUCGGUCUGCUCUUUACUGCAUCCUUCUUCAUAUACGAGGUGACGUCAUCAAAGUUCAGCCGGAAUAUAGUGCGGGAGCUUGCGACGGGAGGCGUGGCCUCCGUUCUGCUGGGGUUCGGUUCCUUAUUCCUGCUUCUAUGGACGGGGGUCUAUGUCUGACAUUGAAUUUGACGUUGAUCCCUCCCGGAUGAACGGCCAGCCAUCAACCCCUCUAGCGACCUUCGUUGCUUAGUUUUGAGUCAGAUCAGCCGGAUCCUCAGGAUUAAGGUGGCUUAUUCCGAGUGCUCACUCUCACGUGCAAAAAGGAGCACCUUUCGGGCUCACGAAUGCCUCCACGCAAUUUGGCAACCCAUUACCGCAUAAGUUGGUGGUUGCAAAAGAGACAAGCAGCUAAUGGCUGAGAGACGAUGGAGAACCCGUGCUUGUUGUUGCCCAGCCUUCUUCUCCUGAACUUGAGUACUGUUCUUUCUUGAGCCGCAUCGGACAAGUUGCUUACAGUGUUGCCGAGAGCGAUCAGCCACGCUCAGUCUCCACUGACACCAAUCAAUCUCAAUCUACGUUCGUG